AUGGUGAAAAAACAGAAGGCCGAAAACGUUCAGGUGGUAGGUACGUGCAGCUCAUGCAACAGCAAAGAGGAGAAGAUGAAGAAAAUCUUCGACAAGUUUGACAUUAACAAAGAUAAACAUCUAAGCAUGACGGAAGUGUUAGCAUGGAUCAUGGCUGUUCCACCAUCAUUAAAUAAAGAAUGGCAAUUAGUUCCACCUUCCCUCUCACUAUACUUUGCUACUUGCAGCUCUUUCUUAGUUGGUUCUAAAGGCGUAAGCUAUACUGGCUUUACUCGCAUUUACAUGGACGGUCUUCGUAACGUUGAUCAUGACUUCAAUACUCUUGGCUUAGAUAAAACUAAUAUUGGAUCAGAUAAUGCUGUAGAAGUCGCUAAGUCAAAAGGAAAGUACAAUGGACCUCAUCCUGAAUUGGCUGCUAAGCUUGAAAAGGAAAUAUUGGAUACAAAUCCAGAGGUGAAAUGGAAUGAUGUUGCUGGACUAAGUGAAGCAAAGAGGAUUUUACAGGAAGCAGUGGUACUCCCACUGUUGAUGCCUGAGUAUUUCAAGGGAAUCAGGAGACCUUGGAGAGGAAUUCUUAUGUUUGGUCCUCCUGGCACAGGGAAAACACUCUUGGCCAAAGCUGUUGCUACAGAGUGUGGGACAACAUUUAAGAGUGUUUCUUGUAGUUCCUUGUGUGGAAAAUGGUACGGGGAGAGUGAACGAUUGACACACUGCUUAUUUGACCUUGCCCGUGCUCAUGCUCCAACUACAAUUUUCAUUGAUGAGAUUGAUUCUCUUUGCAGUGCCAGAGGGUCUGCUAAUAAGCAUGAAACAUCCUGAAGGGUGAAGUCUGAACUUCUAGUUUAGAUCGAUGGAUUAAACAACUCUAAUAGUACAUCAGGUAAACUGGUGAUAGUUUUGGCAGCAACAAAUUUCCCCGGGAAUCUUGACGAGGCACUAAGGAGGUGGCUAGAAAUGCGGAUUUACAUCCCACUUCCUGAUUUUAAGAGCCGCAAGGAGCUUAUAAAUAUAAACUUAAGAUCAAUCGCUUUAGCUCCUGGGCUGGAUAUUGAUCAAGUGGCACGAAAAACAGAAGGUUACAGUGGAGACGAUCUAACAAACAUCUGCAGAGAUGCUUCUUUAAAUGGGAUGAGACGAAAGAUAGCAGGGAAAACCGCAGAUGAGAUUAAGAAAAUAUCCAAGGAAGAGAUUCUGAAAAUUCCAGUUACGAUGGAUGACUUCCUAGAAGCUUUAGAUAAAAUACAGCCCACAGUUUCUGCAGGGGACACUGAACGACUUGAGAAAUGGUAUUCAGAAUUUGGAUCAACAUAGAAGAUCAAGUUUAGAAGUGCUUCUUUUUUUGUUCUUUCUAAUUGACCUUUGUGGACAAACUAUGAUAUAGAGUCCUCCAAUUUUCGUGCUGUGGGCAGAUAUUUUAGGAACUAUUUUUGUUAGAUGAUUUUCAGCUUGUAAUAUCAAUGACACUGCUACUGUUAUAUGGGGUA